CUAUUAAUCUAAUCCAUUUGGGGUAGAAAAAUACUCAACAUCAUGUGUAUUUGUCAAUUGCAAACCAUGGGAAAUAUUCACAACGAUUAAAAGUUAAAAAAUAUCUCAGAAGUAAGGAUGACAUUUAGAAGCUUGCAUGUUGCAUAUCGAUAAUUUUUCACAUUAGAGACGGGAUCGGGGACGGUACCAAUAUCUCUGUUACUCGCCCCGUGUCUGUAUUUUGAAAUCGGAAGAGCAAAACAUGGAGGGGGAGCGACAAUCACUCGUCAAACCUUGACGAACAAGAUACAUUUGGUGAAAAAGCAAAUCCAAAAUGAACGAGCUGAGUCGAUUAAAGAAAAGCUUCAGAAGAAUAGAGAGAAUCUUCAAAGUCAAAUUUCUAAGGCCAUGUUAGUAAUAUCAAAAAACGAAUCACUACCAAUUGGAGGAAAUAUUCUUUUUUCAAGAAUGAAUCGUCCACCGUGUACGUUCUAUAGUCCCGAUCAUCAAGUUUUGGGAGAGGAAGACCGUAGCAACAAACCUGUGAGAACUAUCAGGAUGCCAAGCAUCAACAGGUUACCUCCAUAUACGUCUUGGAUACAUUUAGCCAGAAAUGAAAAAAUGACUGCAGAUCAGGCAGUUUCUAGAAAAAGAAAUGUAUAUUAUAAUCAUCAGGAAGGUGAAACAUUAGUAUGCAGUGAUAGUGAUGAAGAGUCAAACGAGGACAAGGAAGUUGAACGUAAAUUUUCUCAGGGUGAAGACCGAUUUAUUAGGACGGUAUUUGAUGAACAUGGUUUAACUGAGGAAGUGUUGAGUAUUGUUAAGGAUGUCAUCGGAGGUACCAGUUCAGAAAUUCAGGAGCGAUAUAAAAAUAUCAAGGAAAAGGACCAAAAUGAUGAAGAUCGUAGAGAAAGUGAAUCUCAGACUGAUACAUUUUUGAACAAAAGCUUGAGUGUCUCUUUAGAUACUUUUGACAACUUUUACUGUCGUCGUUGCAUGAUCUUUGAUUGUCCUUUGCACGGUUGUUCUCAAAAGAUAAUAUAUCCUGCUGAAAAGCAACCAGUUUGGCAAGAACCUGAAGGUCCCAAAGAACCAUGUGGUGAACAUUGUUACCUUCAUAAUAAAGAUGUUACAAUUAGUAAUUGUAUGAGGGGCUUAAAUUUGGAUGCUAACAAUGAUGAAAAAAAUGAUAUGGAUGAAAGAAAAUCCAAGCACUUGUCUGACUCAAUAGAAGGACAAGCUGAGGAGGAGUCUAUUCCUUCGGAUUGGAAACUUUUGGAAAAAGAAUUAUACUUGAAGGGAAUAGAAAUGUUUGGGAGAAAUAGUUGUCUUAUAGCUAAGAACAUACUUUUUAUGAUGAAGACUUGCACGGAAGUUGCUAGAUACAUGUAUGCUGAAGAGUCAAUCCCACAUGGAUCCAUGGGCGAAAAUGGACAAUCAAAUGCAAUGCGCAUUGACAAUGAGAUGCCAUCAAAGUCAAGGUCGAUGUCAAGAAAGAGCAAAUCUAAGAAGUUCAAAUAUUCUUCAAAAUCUUGUGGACUUCCAUCCAAAUGGAAAAGAAGAAGAAAUACCGAUGAGAAAAACAAACUGGAAAAGCACUAUACACCUUGUGAAUGUGAGGGGGCGUGUGGAAAGCAAUGUCCAUGUCGUCUUAAUGGUUUUUGCUGUGAAAAAUAUUGUGGGUGUUCAAAGCUCUGUAAAAAUCGAUUUGGAGGAUGUCAGUGUACUAAGAGUCAGUGUAGAAGUCGACACUGUCCAUGUUUUGCAGCUUCAAGAGAUUGUGACCCUGAUGUAUGUCGAAAUUGUUGGGUUAGUUGUGGAGAUGGUGGAGAUGGUGAUUUGGGAGAGUCGUCUUAUCGUGGAGAGGAUCAAUGUGAAAACAUGAUGAUUCUUUUAAGGAAACAGCAAAAGAUUCUUUGGGCAAGGUCUGAUGUUGCUGGAUGGGGAGCUUUCUUAAAGGCCCCGGCAAACAAAAAUGAUUUUUUAGGAGAGUACACUGGUGAAGUAAUCUCUCAUAUAGAAGCUGAUAAGCGUGGAAAAUUUUAUGAUCGUGUAGACUUUUCGUACCUUUUUAACUUGAAUGAUACGUAUUGUCUUGAUGCUUUUCGCAAAGGGAACAAGUUGAAGUUUGCAAAUCACGCAUCAAAAGCGAAUUGCUAUGGAAAGAUUGUGUUUGUUAAUGGGGAUCAUCAUGUAGCAAUAUUUGCAAAGGAACGCAUUGAAGCUGGGGAGGAGCUUUUCUUUGAUUACGGGUAUGAUGAAGAUAGUCGACCACCAUGGCUUCAUAGACUUCUAGAUGAUGGUUCCAAGGAAGAUGAUGAUGCAACAUUUUCUCAAGCAAAAGCCAAGAAACAUUGCUCUCGCUGAUGGGAUAAAGUGGAGAUCAAGUGUGUAAUCUGUACCGUAUUUUCUCUCCGUUAACAAUUUUAAUAUCCUACAACAACUUUUUUAUUAAGAUUAUUGAAAUACGGUAAAAAUAAAUAAAUAGGCUAGAGGGUUUUUUUUGGUACAUUGGAAAGAGGUUAUUCUAUUUCUAUUCAAUAUUAUCUAAGGCUAGAGGGAUUGUUUGGAAGCAAUACUGGAUUUUACUGAUGAUGUUUGUGGCAUAUGUAUCUUCUUUUUAUGUUCUUGAUGUUAAUCUUGCCAGUUUUCAUGAAUGUCAUAAUUUCAUUGUUACA